GCUUUCCCCACAAUUUCCCUGCAUUUUCCUUUCAUUUCCCGGUUAGUUCAAUAUCAAUCGCGAUUGAGAGGAAAAUGAGAGACGAGUUCGCUGUGCUCGGGGCCAUCCCCGCGCCUUCAGAACAAUCAAAAAGUGAUAUGAAAUAUAGUACUCAAUUCAACCGUCUGUUCUUGACCCCAAUUGGCAUUUGGCCAACUAGAAGUGAUGCUCACAUAAUCGAGAAAUUUUUCUCCCAAUUUCUCGUUCUUCUCUCUUGUUUUUUAAUUUUUUUUCUGCUGAUACCAUGUAGCCUUCAUACCUUCAUAAAGGAGCAAGAUCCCAAGCUCAAGAUGAAAAUGAUCGGACCGUUAAGUUUUUGCCUCAUGUCUAUCACCAAGUACCUCUUCUCAGUGGCAAGAAAACGAGAAAUAAGCCAUUGUCUUGAGCACAUUGACACCGAUUGGAGGAGAGUCAGAUAUAUUGAUGAUCGAGAGAUCAUGCUGACGAAUGCAAAAUUGGGUCGAUUCAUCGCUUGUCUGUGUGCUGUAUUUAUGUAUGGAGGUGGAUUUUUCUACCACACAAUUAUGCCCUUCGCAGCUGGAAAUUUUGUCACUCCUGACAACAUCACCAUUCGACCUCUCACUUAUGCUGUCUACGAUCCUCUCUUCUCCGCACAGACAACUCCUGCGUAUGAGAUUGUCUUCACAAUCCAGUGGCUCUCUGGAUUUGUUAAUUACAGUGUAACCAUUGGAGCUUGUAGCCUUGCUGCUGUGUUUGUUCUUCACAUAUGUGGACAGCUCAAAAUUGUGAGCUCAAGAUUAGAGAGCUUCGUCAAGGGCAGGACAGACGAAAGAAGGAACUUGCAGAGCCGACUUGCAGAAAUCAUUGAACUUCAUCUUCGAGCUCUUGGGUUCGAAUAUUUUAUCAAUUCCGAAGGUCAGUCUGAGUCAAUAAGAAAUUUUUCCAGGUUCAUUAUUCGUGUGGAGAGAAUUCUCAAUGAAAUUUGUCUCAUUGAAUUUAUUGGCUGCACUAUGAACAUAUGUUUUCUUGGAUACUACUUUAUGACGGAAUUUGAACAAAGUGCAACGAUAGCCACAGUUACAUACUGCGUACUUCUAGUAUCUUUCACCUUCAAUAUCUUCAUUUUCUGUUAUAUCGGUGAAAUGCUCACCCAACAGGGUUAUGAAGUUGGCAGAACAGCAUACAUGAUCAAAUGGUAUGAACUACCUGCUGAAAGUGCACGAGGGCUGAUUCUUCUGCUGGCGAUGACGAAAAAUCCAAUGAGCAUCACAGCCGGAAAAAUGGCAGAAUUAUCAUUUCGGAGCUUUUGCGGAGUAAGGUGUGUUUUGAAAACAGCAGCUGCUUAUUUAAAUCUUCUACGAACGGAGAGGCUGAUACCCCUAUUACACCCACUACCUCAGCAGAAACAGCCCUUCGACUCAUUAUACUACGGUUACAACGAUCUCCUCCAGAGACAAUCCCAAAUCACGAACGUUGUAAUCAUCGAUUCCGCCCAAUUUUCCCGUCCGAUAUUAUUUAUUGGACGAAAGAAGACAUCAUCACCGGGAACCCACCUGAUAGUUCAGCUCUAUCUUCAGAGUGUCACAUCUGGUCGUUUUCCCACCGUUCAUCAACACCCUUUUUGCGCAGUCGCAAUGAUCAUUGCACCCUUUCAAAUCCCCCAGUGUCUUUCAGACAUCACCACCCCAAGCAUGACAAGCUCAGCAUUCAGUCUUGUCUUCGAACCGACAGACAGAUCAAAAUGCGACUUUGCAUUCAGCACACAAAUAACUCGUUUGAUCUCGACGCCAAUCGGCCUCUGGCCUCUUGAUCUUCCGGCCAAUAUCUUCAAACGAUUUAUCUUCGAAUUUCUAGUAGUUAUCGCGUCCUAUUCCUUGAUAUGCUUCUUCAUAGUUGCCUGUGGCAUGCACGCCUUCUUCGUGGAGACAAAUAUUCACCUGAGGCUGAAGAUUCUGGGUCCCCUCAGCUUCUGCUUCAUGGCAAUCAGUAAAUACUCAUUUUUCCUGGUGCGUCGAGACCAAAUCCGCGACUGUCUAAAUCACAUCGACAUCGAUUGGCGACGCUUUGAUGAUUUUGAUGAUCGAGAGAUCAUGCUGACCACUGCUAGGAUCGGACGGUUCGUCGGGACACUCUCUGCGUGUUUCAUGUACGGUGGAGGGAUAUUCUAUAGGACUAUUUUACCAUUGUCCAUUGGCACUCGGGUGACACCUGACAAUAUCACCAUUCGUCCCCUCAUCUGCAAAGUUUAUGAGCCCCUGUUCGGUGGACAGCUCAGCCCCUCCUAUGAGCUGUGCUUUACUGGGCAAUGGUUCGCGGGUUUUGUUGUUUACACUGUCACCAUCAGCACCUGCAGCUUUGCAUCUGUAUUCGUGCUGCAUGCGUGUGGACAGCUUGAAAUCGUUAUGGCUCGGCUCCGGGGACUUGUGGAUGGGAAGGAAAGGAUAAAGACUACCGUUGAUCAGAGGAUCGCGGAAGUCGUGGUGAUUCAUCUGAGAGCGUUGCGUUUUAUUUUUCGCAUUGAGUCAGUUCUGAACGAAAUCUGCCUUGUGGAGAUUGUUGGGUGCACCUGGAACAUAUGUUUCCUGAGCUAUUGUCUCCUCACGGAUGUAUCAGACCAUAUGGGAAUAAUAUCCGUCAUUACUAUGUGUCUGCUAUUCACAUCGUUCACAUUCAACAUAUUCAUUUUUUGUUAUAUCGGUGAUAUGUUGACGCAGCAGGGAAGGAAAAUCGGGACGACCGUGUGGAUGAUUGAUUGGUAUCGACUUCCUAAUGAGAGGGCCAGAGAUCUGAUUUUAUUACUCGCUAUGUCUAAUUAUCCCACUGGAUUGACAGCUGGAAAAAUGAUUGACCUCUCCUACACGAGUUUUUGUAGCGUCUUCAAAACGGCAGCGGCUUAUUUCAAUUUCAUCAGGACUAUGAUCAUAUGAAAAAUAACAAGUGACACUGCAAAUAUUAUUGUCACAGGAGUCCGUCUUAGUAGUAGUCUUCUUAUAUCUUCAAUAAAAUGAGAUCUCAUUAGCAGAA